GUGCCAGUUAUAUUCAUAGUACUCCAUACCCCUCUGGCUCCCUCACACAUACCCUCCCUCACCUUCUCCAUCACUCACAUACUGUCUCUCCUCCUCUUGUAGCUCUCUCACUUUGCGUAUGUGCGUUUGUGUCUGAGUGUGUCUGCAUGUGAGUCAGCUGCAUCCUCAGCACCUGGGACGUUACCUCCAGUCUCCACAGGGGAAGCUGCAUCGCUGACACUUGACCCCUUGCUCAAAAAACCCUGGUUGUUGGAUCUACAGAUUUGUCGAUCAGGGCUCUAAGCCAGAAUCUCUGCAGAGAAGAGAGGAGAGGGAGGUCAACAUGGGCUCCAGCUCCUCCUCCUAUGCCCCCAAAACUAUUUACCUGGAUGUGGAUGGGAAAGUGCAAAAGGUGGUGUUCAGUCGGCACUGUAGCCCAUGUGACAUCAAGGAGCUUCUGUGUUCCUCAUCUAACAUUCCCAGGAACACUGCCAUCAUGAUGGUGGACCCAGAAGGUGCCUUGGUCUCCAUAGAUCCCACCAUGCCCACCAACUCUCCAAACUCUUUGUACAAAGUAGUCCCUCUGUCUACUGGUCAACUUGGAGAAAAGGAGGACAUGUUUCAGAAUGUGUUGUCCCAGGUGGCUGAUCAGUUCAGCAGAGCCUUUCGCAUCAAUGAGUUAAAGACUGAGGUCACCAACAGGCUAGCAAUGCUGGAGAAGAGAGUGGAGCUGGAGGGUUUGAAGGUGGUGGAGAUUGAGAAGUGUAAAAAUGAUCUGAAAAAGCUACGAGAUGAGAUGACUUCAAGAGGUGGUGGCAGAGUAAACUGUCCAUGUAAAUACAACUUCGACGAUGGGAAGAAGGUCACUCCUAGACGAGAUGUUCCAAAUUACCCAAAGUACACCCUGUCUCAGGAGACUGUUGAGGCACUCAAGAAGCCAACAUUUGAUGUCUGGCACUGGGAACAUAACGAGAUGCUAAGUUGUUUGGAGUAUAUGUACCAUGACUUGGGACUGGUGAAGGAAUUCAACAUGAACCCCAUCACACUCAAACGCUGGCUGUUGGCGAUUCAAGAGAACUACCGUAAUAACCCUUUCCACAACUUUCGCCAUUGCUUCUGCGUUAGUCAGAUGAUGUAUGGCAUGAUUCACCUCUGCAACCUACAGGAGAAGCUGACUCUCACAGAUAUGGGAAUUCUAAUGACAGCUGCGGUGUGCCAUGACCUGGACCACCCUGGCUACAACAACACGUAUCAAAUCAAUGCUCGCACAGAGCUGGCAGUGCGCUACAAUGACAUAUCUCCUCUGGAGAACCAUCAUUGUGCUGUGGCCUUCCAGAUCCUUUCUCUUCCUGAGUGCAAUAUCUUUGCAAAUGUGGAUCCUGAGGCAUUCAAACAGAUCCGACAGGCGAUUAUCACCCUCAUUCUGGCCACUGACAUGGCCAGACACGGGGAGAUACUAGACUCCUUUAAGCAAAAAGUGGACAACUUUGACUUCACCAACGAAGAGCAUGUGACAUGUCUGAAGAUGGUUUUGAUCAAGUGCUGUGACAUUUCCAAUGAAGUGAGGCCAACUGAGGUAGCUGAGCCAUGGGUUGACUGCCUACUGGAGGAAUACUUCAUGCAGAGUGACAGGGAGAAGUCUGAGGGUCUCCCUGUGGCUCCCUUCAUGGACAGAGAUAAAGUCACCAAACCCACAGCUCAAAUUGGAUUCAUCAAGUUCGUCCUCAUCCCAAUGUUUGAGACUGUCAUGAAGCUUUUCCCUCAGAUUGAGGAGAUCAUGGUUCAACCUCUGAGAGACUCUCGUGACCACUAUGAAGAGCUGAAACAAAUUGAUGACGCCAUGACAGAGGCACAGAAGAAAAAAACUGAAAAUAUGUCAUUAGGCGGGAAGAAGAAGUAAGCUCUGCAGUGAGUGAGUGCAGUGGUAUCUGUGGGUCUUCGUUUGUGUUCAAAUUAAGGAAAGACUUUAAAAAACAUGACUGAGGCCUCAGUGAAGACGUUCUGCGCUUCGUUGAUGACAGUUGGAUCGGGAGGGCGAGAAAAGAGACUGCUUGGCUACAUACUGAACUAAACUUAGGCAUCAAGGUGGCAUAUCUUGAACUUUGACUUAGACUUUUGCACUGGAUGUAACAGAAAGAGACCUGGUGACCUCUCUGUAUAUUUAUGGUGUUCAUGUUGUUGCUCCCUAUUUUUAUUUCAUAGUGCCUCGAGAGUUUAAAGGACCAUUUUUUCCAAAACACGUACUAAAAACCUAUUUAAAGAUUGAUCACCAUGCACUCUGAAAAAAAUAUAUAUAUACCAUGGCUGCAGAAUGGACCUCACAAACUAAAUAAGGAAAAUGAUUUAUUUUUUCCAAAUUUUUCCAGUAGAAAAAAAAAAUGCCCCAAACUGGGAUGUUUUCACCUCACUGUAGCAAUAAGUUUUUUGAUUGAUAUAGUCCACUGGGUGUUUCCCAAAGAAUAAUGCAUCUUCGCAUCUUUAUUAUUUUUGUUCACACACAAUGAGCAGUUCAUUAAACCAUCACAUGUCUGUAUUCUCUUACCUGCAACACUUCCUAAUAAAAGAAAGCCACAUAGGUGCAUAUAUUGUUUAAGGUGUUACACAAUUUGUCCUGUAAAAACAUUUUAAUAUCUCAUAAUACAUGUAAAACUGUGAUUUGUAUGUCUGUUCAUCUGUCACACCCUGUCUUUAUAUAUAAAGGUUACACAACACAUUUCAGAGUGUCGUCUAUGUUAAAAGGGCUACUGUGUUUCCACAGUAAGUCAACUCCAGUCAUUUUAUGUGAUGGAACAGACUUGAAAGCAACAAAUAUCAAUGAGGUCUGUCAGAGAAAAGUUAGAAAUAAACUUGGAUGAAUUAAAUUAGCCUGUAAAGUACCAUACAAUGAUCACACAGAGUGAAGCAAGUUCUUUGUGAGUUCAAAGUGAAAACGUACUUGCUGACUGUGGACUUCAGUGUACCACAUGAUUCAUUACUUCAUACUGUAUAUAAACAUUAAGGCUUCCACCUUCGCAAUCAGCUUUUUCUGGAGCGUUCAGCCAAACUACACAAUCUUUAUCAGUUUGCUCAGUUGUCACGGAGAUGGAUCCAUUGCCAUGCAAGCUUAGUAGCUGAUGUGAUUUAACUGAUUUUCACUUUCAGGACUUUUUAUUCUAUCUUGAGCUGCUCAUAACAGCUACAUGCGGGUCAACAGAUCUCUAUCACAACUAAAGAGAACUAGCUGCUGCUGAAGACCAUGUGAUACAAGGAUGUGGAAAAAGUUUGAAAAUGAACACUUUGACAGACAGCAUAAUACAAUACAGCAAGUGCCUUUCUCAUUGUGGAAACAUUUCACUUAGGAUAAUUGGAUGAUUGGAACAUCUUUUACAAAUAGUAUGAAGUUAAAUAACACAUCAUACCUCAAACUUUAUAGUUUAUACUUUACUUCGUUUCUCUUUUGACACUACAGACUGAUGUUUCAUUUGAUGUAUAGUGCCGCGUGAUCUUCACAUCCUGAGUUGUUGUGGAGACGUUCCAGUUAUACACGGCUUCUCUGCCCAUCGUCCUGAUUGAGUUUUAUUUUAUUGUCAUUUUUUAGACUUGAGGGCUAGAAUACAGUCAACGUGUGUUGAAAUAUGACUAGUUAUCCAGUUGUGUACCACCCAAAGGUGCUACUUAUCUCAGCCUGCACCACGCCCCUGCUUUCCUUUUGAGUCAUAUCAGGUGUGGGUGGUUUCCCUCCAGCUACUCCACGGUGUUUUUAUUACUGUGGGUUUUUGGCAAUAUGUUGCCAAUUACUCCAGAGUGAUUAUCGCCUCAACUGUUGCCCUUGUCUGUCUCUCUCACACACACACACACACAAACACACACUGAAUGCCACCUACAUAGCUAUGAGGAAAUCAUAUUAUCAAUUCAGAGUAACGCACACUAUGACUCACCAACUUGUACUAAAUGUUUUUGUCUAGGCUUGUUUGUGCGUUCCAAAAUCAAGUAGGAGAAUUAAUAAAAGUCAACUUCA